GUGGGGCUUGACGCUGUUUGAGUAUCUAUAAUUGAUACUAGACAUUUAGUAAACAAGGUCUAUAUAAGGCUUCGAAAGCCAUGGUGGUUUUAUAGUAACAGUUGUACCGUAGAGUAUUUUCACGUAUAGUAUACUGGUCGAGACCAUUUAUAUUUUACUGAGAAUCGACGAAAUAUUUGCACCAUACCGUUCAAUAUGACUGUUGAUAGCAACAGCUUAGCUCUAAGAGCGGCGGAUAAUACGACGCGAAGUAAACGUGAAGGCAACCUGCAUAUAUUUGGCAAGAGAGCUCUUCAACACUUUGACUUUGAUCCAAGCCACCGCAACCUUAACCAUGGCUCGUUCGGGGCGAGCCCACGCGAAGUAAGAAAUAAACUUCGCCAGUACCAAGAUCGCACUGAAGCAAUGCCUGAUACCUUCAUUCGUUAUGAUCUGCCCGAUCUUCUCAAUGAGUCUCGAGAAGCUAUGGCGAAGUUGCUCAAGGCACCAACUGAUACGGUAGUGUUCGUCCCAAACGCUACUGCGGCAGUAAACACGGUCCUUCGAAAUAUUGACUGGAACGAAGACUGCAAGGAUGAGAUUCUCUAUUUCAGCACUAUAUAUGGUGCCUGUGGAAAGACUAUUGACUAUCUCGUUGACUCGGGCCGGGGCCGAGUUUCAUCGCGAGAAAUACAGAUAGCCUAUCCAUGUGAAGACCACGUCAUUGUAGCAUCUCUCAAAGAUGCAAUAGAGAACGGGAAAAGGGAUGGGAAACGCGCUAAAUUGUGUCUCUUUGACACAGUAUCCAGCCUCCCGGCUGUUAGAUUUCCCUUCGAGGAUGUUGUGAGAGUCUGCAAAGAAGAAGGGAUCUUGAGCCUAGUAGAUGGAGCCCAGGGCGUUGGGAUGCUUGAUCUCGAUCUCGAGGCUCUGGAUCCCGAUUUCUUUGUUUCGAAUUGUCAUAAAUGGCUUUACGUGCCGAGAAGCUGUGCCGUCCUAUACGUCCCAUUCCGAAAUCAAUCAUUGAUAGCAUCGACAAUCCCUACAUCCCACGGAUAUAUUUCCAAGUCCGGCGACAGGUUCAACCCGUUACCGAAGAGUCAUCCAUCGCCCUUUGUCAACAACUUUCAAUUUAUGGGGACUCUGGACACGAGCGCCUAUCUUUGCGUGAAAGAUGCGAUCGUAUGCCGGGAGCAGACCUUCGGUGGCGAAGAUAAUAUUCUCAAAUAUACCCACGGGUUAGCUAGGGAAGGGGGUAAAAGGAUUGCGCAGAUUCUUGGAACUGAGGUCAUGGAUAAUAAGUCCGGUACGAUGUCGCAGUGUGCGACAGCAAACAUCGCAUUGCCAUUAACACUUGAGAAGGCAUCUCGUGCAUCUGCAUGGAUGAUGGAGAGGAUGGUCUCCGACUAUAAAACUUUUUUCCCGUUGUUCACGCAUAAUGGCCGCAAGUGGGCGAGGAUAAGUGCACAGACUUAUCUGGAUUUUGAGGAUUUCGAGUGGGCUGGCGAGGUGCUUCGUGAGCUCUGCGAGAGGGUCGAAAAGGGGGAAAGUAGUGAAGCGUAGGCGCGUCUGCAGUAUUGUAUCAUCGUCGCCUUCGUCGUCAGAACCACAUCUCUUCAGUUUGACCAGCACAUGCCUCCAUUAGUUUACAUUUAUUGGAACGUAUAUAUAAGAUCACUUAAUAUAGUGACUGUUAAAGCUUUAAGAAUGGAAUUAGAUAGGUACCC